AUGACGCCGAUUCUGGAUGGUCCCAUCUCCAACCACCACCCCGACUGGCUCUACUACCCCGACGACACAAUCGAUACCAUCGCCAUCCCCCUCAUCGAUGACGACCCUGCCCUAACCCACGCAAACUACAAACACAAGCGACAGACUCAGCCCGCCGAUCUCGAAGUCCCACGCUGCAUGACGCGUUGUAUGGGCGCCGCGAACACUGGCCAUUGCGCCAGCAACGCCGACUUUCUCUGUCUCUGUUCAAACCGCGACUACCAAACUGGCGUGACGCAAUGUUGGGCAGCGGCCUGUAACGCCACAGCGUACGACCUCGCCCUCUCGUACGUCGCAUCAGCAUGCACGGCGCUGGGCGCAAAGAUUGCCCACCCUGACAAUCCCGCGUCGACAAAUAUCACAAUGAUGCCAAUCGUCUAUUCCCGGGCCUCGUAUCACAUCCAAAUGAUUAUGUCGGGAUUAUGCUCUUCCGUCCUCUUAUGCGCCAUCGGGCUCGGCGUACUCUCCUGUCGAGCGCAGGCGCGGCGGCAGGCCAUGAUGUCCUCGGCUACCAUGUCGAAUCCCACCUUCAACAGUCGGGUAUCGCGUGUUCCGCGCUCGUACUUUCCGGGAAGGGAACCCGGACAGAUAUCCACGGUCGAUAUGGGUAGUGUUGAUUUCGGCGACAUGUUUGGUCCGACUAAGCCUAGACGCCAGCCCCGGUUUACGAAUCGGCUGCCACAUGAACGACCGUUCACUAAUCGCCUCCCUCAGGAAUGGGAGCAGUGGGAGAUGGAGCCGAGCGCGAGCGGGAGCCGGACCCCGGAUGAACGGCGUUCAAGCCGGUUGAGUACCUCAAGUAAGGUCGUUACGACCGAGGACGGGAGCGAGGUUAGACACGGCGAGAGUAUCGUCCCCCUAAAUCCGCACACGCCCAUGCCACAGACGCCUCGUUCCGUAUACAUGACCAACGCGCCGAGCGCCGUCUUGCUCCAGCUUCCCCCACUCGAGCUGCCCGACGUUCCACCCCGCCCCCAUUCUACGCCACCCAGCCCGCUCCACCCCAUCACGUACGCGCCGGCAAUUGCGCCCGCACAAUAA